AUGUUUCCAGCAUCUGAAAGUCUUUCGUCUUACGUGGCUACUUUUUUUAAAAGAAAAGAACGAAAAGCUGUAUUUAUCGUGCUCAAAAAUUCAAAUCCACCCAUAGGAUACAUUACUUACUUUCAAUCAGGCAAAUGCAUGCUUUCACCUUCUUCAUCUUUAAAUGGCAGUAUACCGUAUGCUUUGAAAAUCGAUGCCUUUUCCCCAUCGUUUAAUCAAUUCUUGGCAUCAGCAUCAGAGGAAACAAAAUUAAACCAAAAACAAAUUUACCAAAUUAAUUUCGUUGGAAUUAUUGGUGAUGUUGUUGUAACAGUGACUUUUAGCAUCAAUAAUUGGACUGGAAUGAAUUAA